UUCAGGGAGCGAAGAACUGCUUGUGGGAUAAGCAGAGAGCUCCCCCCCCCCGUGGAGGUGCCGGUCUGCCUCGGUGCCUCAAGCGGAUGGUUUGGGAAGAGGACCACCAGAAACCUCGCCGUGCACAUGGACUUCUACAGAGGGCUGGCUGUCGCCUGGGUUCUCAGCCUCCUACCAGGAUUCUGUGACGCCUUCAACAUUGACACAAAGAAGCCACGAAUUAUACCAGGCUCUAAAGAAGCGUAUUUUGGCUAUACGGUUCAGCAGCAUGAAAUCAAUGGGAAGAAAUGGCUGGUGGUCGGAGCCCCGUAUGAGAUCACUGGGCAACAGAAGACUGGAGAUGUCUACAAGUGUUCAGUGAACGGCGAAGCCAACAGUACCUGUUCCAAGCUCAAUCUAGGAAGAGUAACUCUUUCCAAUGUGUCGGAGCGCAAGGAUAAUAUGCGUCUAGGUCUGAGCUUGACCACAAACCCCAAAGACAACAGCUUUCUGGCUUGCAGCCCUCUCUGGUCUCAUGAGUGCGGAAGUUCUUACUACACCACAGGAAUGUGCUCCAGGGUGAACUCCAACUUCAGAUUCUCCAAGACCGUGGCUCCAGCUUUGCAGAGAUGCCAGACAUACAUGGAUAUAAUUAUCGUGCUGGAUGGUUCCAACAGCAUCUAUCCCUGGGUGGAAGUUCAGAAUUUCCUGAUCAGCAUCUUAGAGAAAUUUUACAUUGGACCAGGCCAGAUACAGGUUGGAGUUAUCCAGUAUGGAGAAGAUGCUGUGCAUGAGUUUCAUUUGAACGACUACAGGUCGGUGAAGGAUGUGGUAGAAGCCGCUAGGCACAUAGAGCAAAGAGGCGGAACGGAAACCCGGACAGCGUUUGGGAUAGAAUUUGCUCGCUCAGAAGCAUUUCAGAAAGGGGGGCGGAAGGGCGCCAAGAAAGUGAUGAUUGUAAUCACAGAUGGAGAGUCCCAUGACAGCCCUGACCUUGAGAAGGUGAUUGAAGGCAGCGAGAAAGAUAAUGUCACCAGAUAUGCCGUUGCGGUUCUUGGCUAUUACAACAGAAGGGGAAUCAAUCCUGAAGCCUUUCUGAAAGAAAUCAAAUAUAUAGCAAGCGACCCAGAUGAAAAGCAUUUCUUUAAUGUCACUGAUGAAGCUGCUCUCAAAGAUAUCGUGGAUGCCCUUGGAGAAAGGAUCUUUAGUCUGGAAGGCACCAACAAGAACGAAAUAUCCUUUGGCCUCGAAAUGUCCCAGACUGGAUUUUCAUCACACAUUGUGGAAGAUGGGAUUUUGCUUGGAGCUGUAGGUGCAUAUGACUGGAACGGAGCCGUGCUCAAGGAGACCAGCAGUGGCAAAGUUGUUCCUCACCGAGAAUCCUAUCUCCAAGAGUUUCCAGAGGAGCUGAAGAAUCAUGGAGCAUAUCUGGGUUACACUGUCACCUCAGUGGUAUCAACAAGGCUUGACAGGAUUUAUGUAGCAGGAGCACCCCGGUUCAACCACACAGGGAAGGUUAUCAUUUUCACAAUGCACACCGACCGAAAUCUGACAAUUCACCAGUCACUGAAAGGAGAACAGAUUGGUGCCUACUAUGGAAGUGAAAUCAAUUCCGUAGAUGUUAAUGGUGAUGGGGUCACUGAUGUUUUGUUGGUUGGAGCUCCAAUGUAUUUCAGCGGAGGAAGAGAGAGGGGGAAGGUGUACAUCUACACCCUUAAAAAGGACCAAUUUGUUUCCAAUGGGACUCUGGAGGAUUUGCCAAGCUACCAGAACUCCAGGUUUGGUUCCUGCAUUGCUUCCGUCUUGGACUUGAAUCAGGACUCUUACAAUGAUAUUGUUGUGGGUGCACCUCUGGAAGACGAGCAUCAGGGAGCAAUAUAUAUCUUCCAUGGCUAUAAGGAAAACCUUGUACGGAAAUAUAAGCAGAGAAUUGCAGCAGCUGACCUUUCGCCGGGUUUAAUGUAUUUCGGGUGCAGCAUCCACGGCCACUUGGAUUUGAAUGAAGAUGGGCUCAUAGACCUCGCCAUUGGCUCACUUGGAAAUGCAGUCUUAUUAUGGUCCCGCAGCGUUGUCCAGAUCAAUGCUAGCAUCCAAUUUGAGCCAUUCAAGAUCAACAUCUUCAACAAGGACUGCACUCGGAAUGGAAAGGAUGCCACUUGUCUCUCUGCAUUUGUUUGCUUCACAGCCAUUUUUCUCUCAGCUCAUUUUCAGAUGGCAAGCGUAGCACUGAAUUACAACGUCACCAUUGACGAGCGACGGUACAUCCCACGAGCCCAUCUGGAUGAAAACGGAGACAGGCACACCCACAAGGUGGCUACGUUGUUUGCAGGGCAAGAACAUUGUGAUAAGCUGAAUUUUCAUGUCUUAGAUACAGCUGAUUAUGUGAAGCCAGUGACUUUCUCUGUUGACUAUGCCCUGGAGAGUCCUGACAAUGGCCCAGUGAUGGAUGAUGGAUGGCCAACCUCGCUGAAAGUUGCUGUGCCUUUCUGGAACGGAUGUAACGAGGAUGAGCAUUGCAUCCCUAAUUUGGUCCUUGAUGCUAAAACCGAUGUUCCAACUGCCAUGGAGUAUUGCAGACGCGUCCUGAGAAAGUCGCAUUUGGAUUGCUCCGCCUACACGCUGUCUUUUGAUACCUCCAUUUUUGUCAUAGAGAGUGCCAGGAGGAGGGUGGCGGUGGAAGCUACGCUGGAGAACAGAGGAGAAAAUGCAUAUAACACCGUUCUAAACAUUUCCUUCUCGAGAAACCUGCAGUUUGCGAGCUUGAUCCAGAAGGAUGACCUGGACGUUAACAUAGAAUGUAUGUCUGAAGAGAAGCAUCCUAACAGGAGGGUGUGCAAUGUCAGCUACCCAUUCUUCCGGGCCAAAGCAAAGGUGGCUUUUCGCCUGGAUUUCGAGUUCAGCAAAUCCGUUUUCCUCCAGAAUCUGGAGAUCUUUUUAACUGCCAACAGUGACAGCGAGGAACAGGAAAGCACCAAAGAGGACAAUUCUGCUCUCCUGAAGUUUCAGUUGAAAUAUGAAACAGACCUGCUUUUCACCAGGAGUUCCAGCCAAGAUUACUAUGAGAUCAAGUCCAACAAUUCUCUGGAGAGAUACGACAGCAUUGGCCCUCCUUUUAAUUGCACCUUUAAGCUACAGAAUCUGGGCCUCUUCCCUGUGGAUGGAAUGGUUAUCAAAAUCACAGUCCCAGUGGCCACACGGGGAGGGAAUCGCCUCUUGCAGCUGGCUGGUUUCAACACAGAUGAGGAACACAUAAUCUGCAACAUUGGAGGGAAUAACACAGACUACCGAAGGACACCCUCAGACGAGGACUUCGGGCGCCACCCCCAGCUGAACUACAGUAACUCCGACGUGAUAUCCAUAGACUGCAACGUAAAUCUGGCUGCCAAUGAAGAAGUCAGCUUUCUCUUGUAUGGGAAUCUGUGGAUGAAGUCAUUGAAAGCUAUGAAAUUCAAGUCACUGAGAUUCGUGAUUAACGCCGCCCUGCAGAGAGGGUUUCACAGUGCCUUUGUCUUCAGAGAAGAGGAUCCUAGCAGACAGAUCACAUUUGAAAUCUCCAAGAUAGAGGAGUCCCACAUCCCCAUCUGGAUCAUAAUUGGGAGCACAUUAGGUGGUCUUCUACUGUUAGCACUCUUGGUGCUUGCGCUGUGGAAGCUUGGCUUUUUUAAAAGUGCUAACCGCAAGAGAGAUGCAGCCCAAGAUCAGAACACCAAAGACUUGGACUGAGGCUGUUAUUUCCCCUGAAUGAUUCAGUGGCUCCUCAUAGCCAAGUUUUGUUUGCAUUGAUCAGACACACCACACACACACACACACACACCCCUUUUCGCUUGAAAGCAACCCAAUUGCAGCCGGCUAAAAGGUACUUCAAACUGGUUUAAAUUGCUUCCUUCAGCCUAAGACACUGGAAGCUAUGCAUCAAGGACUGGGAGAGUAAAUUUACAAGGACAAAAGAACCCUUCAGUGGUCAUCUUUUUCUUUAAAAUGACAAAUCUUGGCUCCACGAGGCAAAAUACGCCAGAAUAGCUCUGGGCUGACCCUAAAGCAUCAGAGCUCUAGUCUUUAUUGCAUGACCAUGCCUCCUGUUUUCAGUCUGGUUCUCACUGGGGAAAGCUUUGCACACUGCCCACCCCAUUCCAAAAAAGUGGAAAGCCUGGAUCCCUGGAAUGUUUCUUCACAGAUUCUUUUUACAGCAACUGCUUAUCCAAGAUACCAUGGAACAAUGAACCAGACUGAUGUAUUCUGUACAGGUGGCCUUCAAGGAGUUAAGAUAUUAUUAAUUCAGCAUGCCUUCAAAACAGAUGAAGUUGCCUUUACAAAAUGGUGCAGCACUUAAAACAAUUUGAGGACAUAACCCAAGGACUCUAUGCAAAGCUGAUGCUUUAAACCAAGAUCCCAGCAAGAUAUCCGUAAGAGAUAACAGAGACCAGGCGACGACAAUUAAAUGGAGGUUGCAGAUGGUUACGGAUGUUCUCUAGCAGUUGUUGCAUCAGUUGUCAGCAGAAACGAAAUGCUGCAAAACCAAGAGACCAAACACUGAUAGCAUCACUACGCUGUGUGUUUACCAAUGAAUCAAGAAAGUUCCAAGAGCCUUAUUUUGAUGCUAUUCACCAAACUCUUAUGAACAGCCAAAGCAAAAGAUAUAAUGCACCGGGCACUUCUUCUGCACAAGAAACUCCCUUUCAUUUUGGAGAGACCAGAGCAGGGGCAGCUGGUGGCUGCAUGUCAGCGAGGCCGUGGAAUCCGUGCCGGGUUUUAGUCAGAAAUUUCGAGGAGCUGUCCAAGGUACUGAAGCUAGUACAGAAGACAUGCCCAGCUAGACACAGACCUCCCCUCCCCACCCCAUAAUGCGUCUUCCAUUCUUUACAUGGAGCAGUUGAAGAGAGGUCUUAAUUGCCUUCUUUUAAUGCACUGAAUACAAAUACCGACAACUGUAAGCACCUUAAUGCAACCCUUCAAUCCUCAGCUGUAUAUACUUAUUCUGAAAAUGUUUACCUUUCUUUUUCUUAAAGUCGACUUUUAAAAAAAACCAGUUUGAAGUGUUUUCCCACAAGUUGUGCAAUUGCCAAAAGCAACAAACUUAUGGAAAAAUGUAUUAUAUGUGUAAAUACUUUUGUAUGAUGGAAAGGUUUUAAUUUGACCAUUUUUUCUUUUGCAUAAUAGAAUUAUUUAUGCUAUUGUUAAUAUUAAUGACUGAAAGUGAGAUAUCUGUUCUGCUGAAUGCAGUAACGUAUGUAAAAUGUUGUAGCAGU